AUGGCCGCAGUUCACUCACUGACGAAAUUCGAAUUCGUGAAGGUCGCCCAAAAUCAGUUGUUAGUUGUUGUGCCAGAAAAAAUUGGUGCUAUGCAAAAACUGAUAAUGCAAAAUUGUCCUGCCACGUAUUGUGAGAUUGAGGUUGAGGUGAUAUGUUCUCAUUGGAUCCCUCAUCAUUUGACAAAAUCUCAAAAAGAUGCUCGUGUCGAUUGGUGUACACAAAUGCGCAAGAAGCACAAUGGUGGUGAUUCAAGAGACGUAUACAAGUAUAAGAUUGUAGAAGGUGAUGAAUCAUGGAUAUAUGCGUAUGAGCUGGAACGUAAACAGCAGUCGUCUAUGUGA